AAUAAAUUUACUGCGAAUGAGUUAGGUUCUUAGAGCAUGGACUGGAUGGGAGAAUUGGAGGAGCAGGUGCGAAAUCGUCCCUUGGAUCAUUUGGCAAUACCAGGGUCGCAUAAUUCUUUCACUUACUCAUUGGACAAGCGGUCACCGGUGGGCCCUGAUGAGCCCGGAUUGAUGCAAAAAGUGGCCAAACUGUUUGGUCCCUUGGCCAAGGCCAUCAUUUACAAAUGGGCCGUGUGUCAGAAAUUAGAUGCUACCGCUCAAUUAAGUUUGGGUGUUCGUUAUUUCGACUUUAGAUUGAGCAAAGUGUCGGCUGUGAAACAGUCGAAAAAACACAAGGACAAGGACAAGGAGAUCAAGAUCUUGCAUGCCCUCUAUGGAUCUCCUGUGAAUGAGAUCUUCAAGAGCAUCCAAUCCUAUUUGGACGACCAUGGCAAAGAGGUCGUAAUCUUAGACUUUCAGCAUUUCUACGGACUAGAUCAAGUGGAUCUGGCUUCUCUUCAGCAUUUAGUUCUUCAACAUUUCCAAACCAAACUCUGUCAUUUUUUGGACCAAGUUCCUUCUCUGGCGUAUCUUCAAUCCCGGGGACUUCAAGUGAUCAUUAUUUGCGACUAUUUCUACAAGAUAUGCAACGCUCCAUGGUCUUGGCCUCGAUCUUCGUGUCCCAAUCCUUGGGCUAACACAACCAUACCCACGGAUUUGGAGGCAUUCCUAAUGGCGGGAUUGCGGAAACGGGAUACCCAGAGGUUAUUCGUGUCCCAAGCCAUUUUUACCCUCAACCUCUCAACCUUACUGCGUAAUCCAUUCAGUUCCCUGGAGAAGCGCUUAGCCGAGCCUUGUGACAAAAUGAUUUCCAGCGAAACUCUCCAACAGGUCCGCCGAAGUCAUCUACCUCUGAACAUUAUUAUGAUCGAUUAUGUGGAGAAAAAUGAUCUUGUUGCUUCAAUAAUUGAUUUCAACAAUGACUUUCACUCCUGAUGGUCUACCUAAUACAACAAAAGGGAUGCAUGCA